GUAUUCCAUUCCAAUUACUACUCUCUUGUUGUCUUUUCACCUCCCAUACGCCACUGUCACGAUCGACCUCAGCACUAACAACUGGUCCAGUGUAGCAGCAGAAAUGUGGUAUAGUGUGUAGCAGUGUAGCCGAGACGGACGGCGAGCCAGAAGAACAAGAACUUAUAGUGUGUCGCGGACGAAACGAAAUCUCAACUCUUACCCCAGCAACAACAGCUAUAGAGCAGCAGAGGGACUACCGGAGUUGAUGAAACAUGGCCCAGGCCCAGCAGCAGCAGGAGUUACGUCUCCAUUGUCUGGUGGUGGGUGCUGGAAGGCUGGCCAAGAAAGACCUCUUUGGACUCUGUGAUCCGUAUGCCAAGAUCACUCUCAGGAGAGCUGGUACUAAGUCAGUAGCAUCUUAUCAGACCAAGACCAAGAAACGGACUCUAAACCCCUCCUGGAAUGAACUGUUCGUCUUCGAUAAGGUGGUGCCAGAAGAAAGUGUUCUAAUGCUAGAGGUGUUUGAUGAACACAGAAUUACCAGAGAUAAUUUCCUGGGCCGUCUCCUCUUCAAAUUACACCAAAUACCCAUUCCUAGGAGAAAGGUGGACAUAGGUAACCAGGAGAUUGCCUCUGUCACCUACCCUCUCAAACAAAGGAGCCGUAGGUCUAAAGUGAGUGGAACUUUGUCUCUCAAACUGCUCUACUACAAUGACCCUCCAGUCCAGCAAGUCAGCAGGCCCAACAUACUCGCGGAUUUGGUGCCGGGGGCAACAGGCCACUCCCCUACUCAGAGUCACAACAGGUCCUUCGACUCAUCACAUAGACAAACAAGUGUGGCAGCUCUGCCAGAGGAGGAAGACGAUGACCAGCCGUUACCGGAUAGGUGGGAGGCGAGACAGGAUGCCAACGGGCGCACGUUCUACGUGGACCACAGCAACAGACACACGCAGUGGCAUAGACCGACGGCCGCGGGGAACCAGAGACGAGUGGUGGCAGAGAGAGAGGCCGAGAGGAGACGUGCCAUGGCACACACCCUCGCCCGACGCAACCCUGCCUUGGAGUCUCACAGCAACUUUGGAACGAUGAUCUCUCAACAUGGACAGGAGGACAGGAGGGUCUCCACUGGCAGUGUCCCCAACACCGCCAGAAGCUCUCCAGUGGAGAGGCCAGCAGCCGUGGGCAGAGCCCAGUCUGUCGCUGCUCUUCCCACCGCCAAUGGGGAGGUGGAGCUUCCUCCAGGCUGGGAGAAGAGGCUGACAAACACUGGGAGAGUCUUCUACAUCAACCAUACUCGGAGACUCACUCAAUGGUACCCUCCCACCCCCGAACAAAUGCAGUUGGCCGUUCGGAACUCCCCGCGACCGCUGUCAGUAGCCCUCACCUCCAGCCCCCAGCAGCCCACCUCUCCCCCUCCCUCCUCCUCCCCCCUCUCCCCCUCCUCCUCCUCUUAUGUGAAACCAACCAUUACAUCUCCUGCUGGCAACGGAAGAGCCAACGGCAGGCCAGAGACCAGUGGUACAGAAAACCUCGGAGAUCUGCCGCCCAAGUGGGAGAUGAGAAUAACUGGCAAUGGGAAAGCCUUCUUCAUUGAUCACAACACUAAGUCCACACAGUGGGAAGACCCCAGACUGCUGAAGAAGAAGCAAACAGCCGCAGCAGUAGUGCCGUACUCCAGGAACUACAAGAUCAAAUACGAGAGCUUCAGAAACCAACUCUCACACAAGAAGCCAGAGAAUCUUCCCCGUAUGUUUGAGAUCCCGGUUCGCAGGAACCACAUAUUCGAGGACAGUCACAGGGCGACAAUGACCUGUAAGAACAGGGACCACCUCAAGGCCAGACUGUGGGUCAAGUUUGAGGGGGAGGUCGGCCUCGACUAUGGCGGAGUCUCUCGGGAGUGGUUCUUUCUGUUGUCUCACGAAAUGUUCAAUCCUUACUACGGCCUCUUUGAGUACGCCGCAAGUGAUAACUACACGCUGCAGAUAAACCCUGAUUCAGGCCAGUGCAACGAAUACCAUUUGCAGUACUUCAAGUUUGUGGGUCGGAUCCUAGCAAUGGCCAUCUACCACCAGAGACUCAUUGAUGGCUACUUCAUUCGCCCAAUGUACAAACUGCUGCUGGAGAAGAAGCUGGUGCUGGGAGACAUGGAGUCCGUGGACACAGAGUUCUACAACUCUGUCAAAUACAUUCUCGACAACGACCCCGAGCCACUCUGUCUCUACUUCACUGCCAGCAGAGAGUUUCUGGGGCAGGUGGAGGAGGUGGAGCUAAAACCAGGAGGAGACUCCAUAGAAGUCGUCGAAAACAACAAGAGAGAAUACAUCAGGUGAGAUGACGUCAUUAUUAAAAUCGCUGCUAUUUCGGUGAUGUCAUCAUUACGUUACUGGUAUUCAUGUCUAGACUAUUGAUGAAGUGGAGGUUUGCUGACAGAAUUAGCAAGCAGAUGGAGCAGAUAAAGAAGGGGUUCAACGACGUGUUUCCUCUGAAGAUGCUGCAAGUGUUUGAUGAGAGAGAACUGGAGUACCUGCUGUGUGGUAUAUCGGAGAUAGACGUGAAGGACUGGAAGAAAAACUCCAUUUCCACCAAUGGCUACACCAACGAGUCUCCUCCUGUCGUGUGGUUCUGGAAGGCUGUGGAAAACUUUGACAACGAAAUGAAGGCUCGGUUGCUGCAGUUUGUGACUGGGACCUCCAGAGUACCAAUGAACGGAUUUGCAGAGCUACAGGGAAGCAACGGUCCUCAGAAGUUCUGUAUCAAGAAACUCGGGGAACCCACGUCUCUGCCUCGCUCACACACAUGUUUCAACAGAAUCGACCUUCCUCCCUACAAGAGCUACCACGAGCUGAAAGAAAAGCUGAGACUAGCCAUCGAGAACUGCGAAGGUUUCGAGGGUGUGGAUUAAUUAGAACCACAUCCCUUUUGUCGACAUCCAGCCGUCGUCUUGGUUUCGUUAACAAACUAUGUGUAGUUGUUAUGGUUUCAGAAUGAUGUCAUUGUUUUUGUGUGUAUCUUUUAUCAUCUUCGGUUUACUCCCUGGUCCCGUAGCAGGGGAAAUAUUUUUCAUUACUUGUACCUCUCACUGUAUAUACAUAAAUUAUUACCAUUUGUGUACAGUUCCCGCUGUUGUUGAACUACAAGUACUAUGAAUCUCUCUUGGUGGACCGGAAGAGGGACUAUGUUAUUUAGACGUAAUUUGCUGGAGUUUUUCAAUACACGCACCAUUGGUCCUCAUUGCCUCUGCUUUUUGUAAACAUUUACAGUCACUCACUGCGUGCCCAAUUUUUGUGAUUUUUCACAUUUCUUUACGAUGGUGUGUAUACUGCAUUUAUUUAUUAUUCUUAUUGUAUAUAUGUCAACUCGUUUAAAACCCUUUGGACGCC